GCGUCAGGCAGGCGGAGACAGAGACGCCUGCCGGGGGCCCGCAAUCCCUCGGGGCUGGUGCGUGCAUCCAGACGCAGCUCCGGAGGAGUGAGAAGGCUGCCCCCAGAGACCUUUGGCUCUGGGGACCUCCAGAACCUAGGGGUCACCCGUGGGACCAAGGUGGCCCGGAAAAGCCUGGAAGUGCAACUGGGGGCCCUGCCUGAACGGCAGAUGACGCUGGAUCGGUGGGCUGAGGCCAGCUGUAUGAGGCUGAGCAAGACUAAGGGCCAGGGACCUGCACUUGUGCUUGUGCUGAAGAGCUCCCAGCCCUGCUUGUAUGGCACAGGUCGCCCCUCCGGCCUCAUGUCUCCCACAAGCCACGCAGGAGUGUUUGGGAGCCGUAGGUUUCCCAAAGGCAUGAGCUCACGCUCAGGAGGACUUGGGAGGGGUGGGUGAGGCAUGUCAUGGCCACAGAUGUGCCCAAGUGCUUGAGCUGCUGCCCAGGCUGAGAGAGGGGGUUGCCAGGCAGGCUCAGGCGCAGUCAGCCGCCUGAGAGGGAAGUCGGUGCCUGGUAUCACACGCUGGCGCGGGUGGACAGACAGACCUGUCUUGGGGCCCAGACAGGGCAAGGUGACAGGCAGUCUCCCGAGCAGACAGAGGGUAAGCAUGCGCAGGGUGAGAGGCGCUGGACCCUUGUCUCUGUUCAGGGUAAACGGAGAAGCCUCAGGCAAGCCCUGAGGUCCCCCGAGCGAAUAGAUUUCAGGCUCUGGUGUGGGAGAAGGAAGAAGCUCGGGAUAGCAGCUUGGAACUGGAAAGGGAUGAUGGCACUAAGAAAGUCCACCCGAGGACCCGAAUCACAACCGGUGCCGCUCAUCAAAGGUGAAGGGUCUUAGUAAUUGGAGACUCCUUGCUGAGGAGCACAGAGGCACCCAUCUGCCGCCAGACAACCACACUAGAGAGGUCUGCUGCCCGCAUUAGGGGCAUCGGGAAGACAGUGUCUGCAACAAGAACACCAGUCAACCGCUGUCCUCUCCUGGUCUUUCAAGCCAGGUCUCACGAGGCUGCAGCCAGGAGAUGCAAGAGCAUCCACAAAGGACUUUGUGUCCCUUGGGAAGGUGUUGAAGGGGUCGGCAGUGCAGGCGGUGUUCUCCUCAGUCCCCCUGGCUGGAGACUGGCAUUCGGCACAAAGAGGAGAGCUGACCACUUGAAUGCCUGGUUGCACGAGCGGCGUCAUGCCCAAGGCUAUGGCUUCUAUGCGGGAGAGUUGGACGAGAUGGCCUUCAGAGGUCCCUUCCAACUCGCAAGGAUUCUGCGAUUCCAUGAACAUUUCCACACGGAUCACGGUCUUGCUAAACAGCCUUGCCUGAGCCAGUGAGAAAGAUGUGCCUUACCAAGUAAGUCCCAUUCCGCCCUUGCAAUGGGGUAGCUGUUCAGACUCAAGGUUUCCCGUCGGCAGUGCCCAGGUGUCAGUAGCGGAGCCGGUCUUGUUUCCUAUCUUUAUUGGUGAGCGGGAUGAUGAGAUCGAGCGCACCCUCAGUAAGUUUUCAGAUGACGCUGGAUCGGUGGGCUGAGGCCAGCUGUAUGAGGCUGAGCAAGACGGAGGGCCAGGGACCUGCACUUGAGUCCCAACAACCCCACGCAGCGCUACAAGCUCGGGGCAGAGUGGACGGUGUACGUGGUGGGAAAAGAUCUGGGGGCGUUAGUCAACAGCCAGCAGCGUGCCCAGACAGCCAAGAAAGCCAACGGCAUCCUGGCUUGUAUCCUGGCAGUAACAGAGUCGCCAGCAGGACCAGGGCUGUGAUUGUUCCUCUGUACGUGGCAACAGAGAGGCCGCACCUGGAGUAGCAUGUUCAGUUUUGGGCCCUUCUCUGCAAGGAAGGAAGACACUGAGGUGCAGGAGCGUGUCCAGAGAAGGGCAGUGAAGCUGGUGAAGGCUGUGGAGCACAAGUCUUCUGGGAAGCGGCUGAGGGAACUGGGCUGUUCAGUCUGGAGGAGGCUCAGGGGAGACCGUAUUGCUUUUCUACAACCACCUGAAGGGAGGUUGUAGCAAGGAGGGGGUUGGCCUCUCCUCCCAGGUGACAGCAACAGGACAAGAAGGAACGGCCUUAAGUUGCACCGAAGGGAGGUGCAGGUUGGGUCUGGGGGAUUUUUUUCUUGGAAAGAAUGGCCAAGCACUGGAACAGUCUGGGCUGGGCGGGGAAGUGGUGGAGUCGCCGUCUCUGGAGGUGUUCAAGAAAUGUGUAGACGUGUCACUUGGGGACACUGGGUGGUGAUGGGGUGACAGCUGGACGGUUGGAUGCAGGGCGACAGAAGAUAUGCAGGCGGAAUCCUUGGGAAACGUAGAGAUCAAAUGGAAGAGAUGAGGUUCUUGGGAAGACAAAUCAGUGGGCUGUGGACCUCAACUGCCUCCGCCUCAGAGCGGCCCUGGUAACAUGACGGCAGCCAGCAAGAUGGCGGCCAGGCGUGUGCAGGCAUGGGGUGGGCAGGAGGAGGCAGAGUGCCCGUGCUCAGGCUCCGCCCCACAGCGUGUCACGGUUCCGAGGGCGGGAGGGCAGCAUUGUGAUGUCAGCAUGCUCACGCUGUGAGUUCAGAGGGGUGGUCCCACCUCUGCCAUUGCGGUGGUGACCGGCGUUUAGCGAUGGCUGAGAGCAGCUCUCUCUUUGUCCCUGUAACUCUUGUCCCUCUCCAUGGCCUCAAGGUCCUGGUGGCCGGAGUCUCCCUGCUCACCGUGAUCCGACACCUACGGGCCGGCAGACGACGCUUGCGGUGGAGGAGAUGGUGGCAGCAAGCAGUGGCACCGGAGCCAGGUGCCGAGAGACAGGCGGCCGGGCACUGGAGCCCCUGCAGUGAGGCCGACGAGGAGCUCCAGCAGCUGCUGCUGUCGGGGCUGCCUGGGCACAGGCCUGUGCUGGGCCCUGACUUCAUGCAGGCGGCCUGGAGGAGCCUGGAGGAGCUGGUGGAGCGGAACAGCCUGUCAUGCCACUGCUGCAGCUCCCCUGAGGUCCAGAGCUGUCCCGGAAACGGCAAAGUUGACGCCUCGAACGUGCCCCGCAGAUCUGCGUGGAGAGCUGAAACCCACAAAGCCCUCAAAAUGCACGUGGCCCGGAAAAGCCUGGAAGUGCAACUGGGGGCCCUGCCCGAACGGCUCUUGCUCUCCCAGCAGCAGGCAAGGGGAAGACAAUGCCGCCGCAUCCUGCCCAAGCUCAUCAAGCCAGGGCAGACCCAGCCUCUGCUGCGGCAACGCCUGUCCCCCUUCCUGCAGGCCAAGGGCGACUGCAUUGCAGGCAACAUUCUCCACAAGCAAGAGCUAAGAGAGUGGAAUGAACCCAACCCUACAGAGAAGUCCGUGAACCUGCUGGUGCCGUGCCCCCCCCCUCUUCUGCUUCCCCGGAACGUGGGUCUAACCGGGAAGGUCGUCCAGAGGAAAGCUCAUUUCCAGGGCCAGGCUGAGGCACAGGGGCAUCCCACAAAGAGGCAGCAGUGCCGCCCCAAGGAGUCGGCAAAGAUUCCUUUGCCUCCGAGCCACGCAGCAGCCAAGGAGCAAGAGCGUCCCACGGCUAGCGCAGCGCCUCCUGGCCCGGCCAGCACAUCGCUGCUAAAGGACGCCAGCUGUCAAACGGACUCUGCAGGCCCGCGUGUGGGUGACAUCAAAGCCAGGAGCCAGCGCCGCAGCGCAGCGCUUGCUAUCAUCUCCAAGCUGCAGCUCAGUCAGGCGGCUUUUGGGAAGCUCUCCAUGCACACGGCCAGAAAAUGCCUGGAGGUAAAGCUUCAACGCUUCCCUGCGGUGGUGCGGAGGUCCAUGCAGCAGCAGCGUGGGGCGCCCCUUGCCUGCCCAGCUGGCACCAGAGCACCGAGAUCCCAGACGGUUCGUAGAUACUUCCACAGCCGUCAGGCUCUGUUCCUGAAUGAGGAGCAGCGCGAGUGCCUGGAGCUGCACAUCCGCUCCAUGAAGCUGGAGCGCCUUGGGAACCGCCUCAUCUCAGGCAGUCCAUUGAAGCCAGCAGUGUCCCAGGAGGAAGAAUCUGCCAGCACGUAUGUGACCGCACCAUCCGAGGCAUCUUGGGCUGAGGCAAGCCCCAAAGGCCACAAGCGGCAGCCCCGGAAGGGGAAGAAGUGCCCUAGCAGAGGCAAGAGCACGCGGAGUGCCAAAGUGGCAGGCAGCAGCUUUCCAUCUGCCAGGGUAACAUUCUGUGGGGUGCAAGAGACCACCACCAGCUACCGCACCUCACUGUUAUACAGAGACCCUGACAGUGGACAGUUGUACCCACUGACCGUGGCCGCACCAACUAACAAGAAGGUUUUGAGGAAGAUACGCGUGAUACCCCAAACACCGCGGAUCUCUCCCUCUAAGCCCAUCCAUGUGUUCAUCAGGGAGAGGAAAGGCCAGGCUCGGUAGCGCCGUCUGUCCAAAACAAUCUUUUUUUUUUUCUUUUUUUUUUCUUUUUCCUAAAUAAAUAAGUGUAUCUA